AUGGAUCGUAAUUAUUAUUCUCAAAAUGCUCAAAUUGUUGAUGAUUUUGAUGUUACUAACAUCAAUGAUCCUCAAUUUAGUUCAUAUUUGCAAGGAAUUGGAGGAAAUUCUACCUCUCAAAAUUAUCAGCAGGUUGAUGGUGAAGAUGAGGAAGAGGAAAAUGUUCCUGAGACCCAAGAACCGAUCAUGACGCAUCCGUUGGCAACAAAUCCAAAUCAACAAGUUGCAGUUUCAUCAUCUUCUCGAAGUUGGUCUGUUAAAGAGGAUGAAGCGCUGAUUUCUUCCUACAUGUUACAUUGCACUGACAUACUUGUUGGAACCGACCAGAAAGCAUGCGAGCUUUGGAAGAAGGUUUCGUCAACGUAUGACGCGAUUCAGGUACAAAGGCCUUAUGAACUUCCUCCAAGAAGCCUUAAAAUGUUAGAGAGCCGUUGGAGAAGGAUGGCUACCGACAUUAUUCUCUGGAGUGGUUGCGUAGAAGAAGCUCGUAGGUUAAUGGGUAGUGGGAGUAAUGUUGUGGACGAAAAUAGUACCGCCCACAAGUUAUUCCGCGACUCUGUAAAACCUAAACCUAGAAACUUCUUAUGUGAGCAUGGUUGGAGGAUGGUCACUGCGUACCCGAAGUGGAGAAAAAAAUUGAGGUGGGGUAUGUCCAAGAAAGAUAGAGAUAUACACGACACCGAAAGUGAUCCCGAAGAUAUUGGUGGCAGUGGCAAGAGAACUAGAGUUGAUGCUAAUGGUGACACCAUCAUAGAAAGUGGUGGUAGCUAUGUAUCUGGAGGCAUUCAACGACCAGAUGGUGUGAAGAAAACUAAGGCCAAACGAAAAGGAAAAGGGUUAGCAUCAGAAGAGGAAACUUCGAGUUUCAGCGAACAGCUCAAGGCUAACAAUGAAAUGAGAAUCAAUGACCACCAAUUACGACAACGAAAAUUUGAUUUUGAUGUGUCAAGGGAAGCAAAUAGAAGAGACACAAGGCAAAAAGAAAUGGAAAUUGAGGAGAGGCAUGUGGCUGUGGAAGAAGAGAAACUACAAAUGGAAAGAGUCAAGAUGAAACAUCUCACGUUACAGACAUUAAUGAUGAAGGGGACGCUAACUCCUAAUGAAGAACAAUACAAGGAUAAAUUGUUUCAAGAGCUCGUUGGUGAUAACAAUUAG